AUGGGCAAAGAUUUCUCGGUGGUGGUGUUGGCCUCAGAUCUGGGCGUAGAUGCUAGGCCCUUCUUGUCUCCUUCGUCGGAUCCUCCUCACGAGGAGGAGAACUGGCAAGACUGCCCCUCAUACUUGGCCUCCGAUGAAGACCUCUCCGAUCUUGAUACACUGCAGUUCUUCCGCCUCGAGAGCGGCUCCGACAAGGCGGGCAACCGCAUCUUCCGCAUCGUUGGCAAAUACUUCCCGGGGAUGGGAGGGUCUUUCGCUGCUCUGAGCCUGGAAGAGAAUAAGAAUGGAGCAACUUGGCUGAAGCUCAGUGAAGCUCCAGUUAUAUGUUGGGGAACGGCUCAAGAGAUGCCAGAAGGACCAUACUGCAUUGUUUACAUGCAUAGUACAGUGCAAAAGGAAGACAACAACCCUGGCCUAACAAUCUUGAGGUGGAUCUAUGAAGAACUUCCCUCUGAUUGCAAGGAUAGGUUGCAAGUUGUAUAUUUCAUUCAUCCAGGACUCAGCUCAAGGCUGGUGCUUGCUACUUUAGGCCGAUUCUUCUUAAGUGGAGGCUUAUACUGGAAAAUCAAGUAUGUGAGCCGCCUGCAGUACCUUUGGGAUGAUAUAAAGAAAGGAGAGAUUGAGAUCCCUGAGUUCGUGCUGAGCCAUGAUAAUAUUCUGGAGCAUAGACCGCUGACAGAUUAUGGAAUUGAACCAGAUCCUCUUCACUUAACCGAGAUGCCUCCCACAUCCUACUCAUUUGGAAGAAUUUUGAGGUUUAUUGAGGCCUUGACGUUCUUCUCUCAGGAUUUUGGUUAA